AUGGCAACUCCAACAACUUUCCUUGCCAUUGCGCUUGGACUCCUGGCCAUCGACGCCGCCAUCGAGCUUGGCUUUGUCACCAGCAUGGUAGCUUUCCUUCAUAGCGGAGCUCCCAGCGGUGUCUACGAGGUGCGCUCGUCGUCAUCGACCUCAACUUACAACAUCUCCGGCGUCCCGUUGCGUCUCCUCGUCAACCAGGGCCACACCAGCAACGGUGCUGCUGGAACCGCGUUGGUUCUGAUCUGCAUCGUCGGUGUCAUCGCAUUAACCGGUCGCCGGCUUCUGCUGUCCCCUAGCAGCCGCAAAGGCGGUGUUAGUGCUACGCUGGCAGCUGUGCUCUACUACGUCUGGGUCGCCCUUCAAAUCCCGGCGCUGCUAUUGACUGUUGGUGCUCUUGGCUACGUCUUUACGGUCACACACCGCCACAGCGGCCAGACCAUCGACCAGAACGUUGCAGCCCAGAUCCAUGAUGCCGCCACUCAAAAGUAUCCACUCGACUCCUGGACACCACAGAGCUGGUUUUCUGCUGUUACCGAACAGCUAACAUUCGUCGACCCCGGCCUGCGUGCCAAUCUCAUCCGCCACCUUCGCAUCAUGCGCGGGUGGCAGUACAACCUGAUCCCGUUGUUUCUCCUGCAGCUGGCCGAGACCAUUGCCGCGAUUCUCGAUUUCCGUCACUGGCGCAACGGCUCGUAUAACCACUCGUACAACCGUAAGCAGAGUGGCAGCUACGACGGACCCCAGACGUCCCAGGUCUGA